CUCUCGCCCCAGCUCCCGGGCCCGUCACAGUCGCGCCCCGCCCCGAUCCUGGAUCGAUUCCGUCGUAUCCUGAGGCGCCGCUCGGAUCUGAUUUCCGUCGUUGGUUAGCCCGGGCUCGGUUUCGAUACAGAUCCAGAUCCAGCUCGUCUGUGAGUGGUGAAAUUGGCUAGAUCCAGGACGGCGCGAGGGCUGACUGACAGCGGUUUAGGCCGUAGACUCAGCCAGAUCUAGACUCCACUCAGGGAUUGAGAUCUGCCGCCACGAGACCGAUGUCAGUCAUCUUCAGACCCCGGCCGAUCAACAGCAGCAGCAGCAUGCAGCUCGUGCGAAGCUUUACACUCCUAGCGAUGAUCGCCGUCCUCACCCAGGGGUAUCCGCAGAAGGCGGUGCUGCCGCCGGGGUCGCUGCUGCCAGCGCCGGCCCAGACCGGUCUGACAACACCCCUGCAGACGCGACAGACCAUCGGCGCCAACGUCGGGAUCGCCAACACCGUCAACGGACCCGUCGUAGGCGUGGGGACCUCUGUGACCAACACGGCCACGGGCGGGGGCGGAGCUCAGACUGCGCAGGCGGCCACCAGCCUACAGGGUGGCGGCGGCUUCGGCUUUGGCACCAACCAGGUCACCUCCACAGCACGGCGAGACGGUUUCCUUCCGGUGCAGGCGGCGUCCGGUAGCUCUCUGGUGUCUACCAAUGACGCGACGCUGGCCUCCUCGCAGGCGUCGACGAUCAGCACCCGUCCGUCGGUCCAGGCCGGCGUCCCCGGCACUGUGACGGCGUCGCAGGCGCAGGUAGCUGCCAUUGGAGCCAGGGGUGGGUUUGCCGCUCGUCAAAGGCACGUCGGGGUCAUAGAGGUCGGACCAAAUGGACCACGAGCAGACAUCGGCGACGUUGUCCAGCGUCAGAUGCAGCAGGCGGGUCAGCAACAGCUCCGGCUGGCUCUCACCGCCAAGCGGCUCAGCAACCAGGCGGCAGCCUUCAGCACCCGCACCGCUCAGCGCGUGCGCAGCAACACGCCAGCUCAACGUCCAGCCCACGGCUGA